ACGGGAGGCCCAUCUCCCCGGCCCCUUCUCUUCCGCAGCUGCACCUGCGUACGCGUCUGGCCCACCGAGACUCCCUCCCCCGGCGAAGAGGAGCAGGAGGGCAUGGCCUCCGCCCGCCAGGGGUCAGUGACCUUCCAGGAUGUGGCCGUGGACUUCUCCUGGGAGGAGUGGGGGCGCCUGGGCCCCACCCAGAAGGAGCUAUACCGGGAGGUGAUGCUGGAGAACUACAGGAACCUGGUGUGCCUGGGCCUUGAAGUUUCCAAACCAGAUGUGGUCUACCAGCUGGAGCGAGGGGAAGCACCGUGGAUGCCGGAGGGAGCCGUUCGCAGAAGUUGCAGUCAAAAUUGGGGAGCUAGGCCUGAAACCAAGGAGUCAGCUCUAAUGUUGAGUAUUUCAAUUGAAGAAUCAUUCCAAGACAGAAUCACAGGGAGUAGUACCUGUUUCUCCAAAAUGGAAAAAGCCUGGGAAUAUGAUGCCAAGUUGCAGAGGCAGCAGAGCGAUGUGAAGCAUUCUCAGCAAGUAAAAAUCACCCCAAAGACAUCUCACAAUAAACUAAGAGUCCAAGAGUAUAAUAAAUUUGGCAGAAGCAUCAAUCGGGGGCUAAUCCUUUUCCCACAACAGAGAAUAUAUGUAGGAAAGAGUCUCUGUAAAUAUGAUACACUUAAAAAGCAUUUCAGACUACAUACAGACCUAAGAAAAUAUAGCAGAAUAUGUGCAAAAAAGAUACUUUCUAAGUAUGAUGAAUGUGGGAAAUCUUUCAGGUAUACCUCAGAGCUCACUGAAAAUCAUAGAUUAUAUACUGGAGAAAAACAUUAUCAAGGUAAUGAAAGUGGGAAAGACUUCCCCCAGAGUUUAUUCCUUAAUCUACCUAAUAGAAUUCAUGCAGGAGAGAAGUUUUAUGAAUGCAGUGAAUGUGGGAAGGCCUUCCAAUGGAGAUCAAGGCUUAUUAAACAUCAGAGAAUUCAUACUGGAGAGAAACCUUAUGAAUGUAAUGAAUGUGGGAAGACCUUUCAGCAGAGAGUGCAACUUACCCAACAUCAGACAAUUCAUACUGGGAAGAAACCUUAUGAAUGUAACGAAUGUGGAAAAGCCUUUCGUCUAAGCACAGGACUUAUUCAUCAUCAGACAAUUCAUACUGGAGAAAGAUCUUUUAAAUGUAAUGAAUGUGGGAAGGCCUUCCCUGUGAGUACAUAUCUUACUCAACAUCAGAGAAUUCACACUGGAGAGAAACCUUAUAAAUGUAAGAUCUGUGGGAAGGCCUUCCGCCUGAGUACAGGACUUACUCAACAUAAAACAAUUCAUACUGGAGAGAAACCUUACAAAUGUAACGAAUGUGGGAAGGCCUUCCGCCUGAGAACACAGCUUACUGAACAUCAGACAAUUCAUACUGGAGAGAAGCCUUAUGAAUGUAGUGAAUGUGGGAAGACCUUUCGCCUGAGCACAGGACUUGCACAACAUCAGACAGUUCAUACUGGUGAGAAACCAUAUGAGUGCAAUGAAUGUGGAAAGGCCUUCAGUCAAAAGGCAGAUCUUAUUCGACAUCAUAGAAUUCAUACUGGAGAGAAACCUUAUGAGUGUAACGAAUGUGGAAAGGCCUUCCGCCUGAGAACACAGCUUACCGAACAUCAGACAAUUCAUACUGGUGAGAAGCCUUAUGAAUGUAAUGAAUGUGGGAAAGCCUUCCGCUUGAGCACAGGUCUUACUCAACAUCAAACAAUUCAUACUGGAGAGAAACCUUAUGAAUGUAAGGAAUGUGGGAAAGCCUUCAGCCAGAGGGCAGAACUUACCCGACACCAUAGAAUUCAUACUGGAGAGAAGAUUUACAAAUGUGAUGAAUGUGGGAAGGACUUCCGAUGGAGCAGAGGACUUACACUACAUCAGAAAAUUCAUAGUGGAGAAAAACCUUAUGAAUGCAAUGAAUGUGGAAAAGCCUUUCCCCUUAGCUCAUAUCUUACUCAGCAUCAGAGAAUUCAUACUGGAGAGAAAUGUUAUAAAUGUGAUGAAUGUGGAAAGGCCUUUCCUUUGAGCUCACAACUUACUCAGCAUCAGAGAAUUCACACUGGAGAGAAACCUUAUAAAUGUAAGGUUUGUGGGAAAGCCUUCCGCCUGAGCCAAGGACUUACUCAACAUCAGACUAUUCAUACUGGUGAGAAACGAUAUGAAUGUAAUGAAUGUGGGAAAACCUUUCGCCAGAGGACAGGACUUACUGAACAUCAGACAAUUCAUACUGGUGAGAAACCUUAUGAAUGUAAGGAAUGUGGGAAGGCAUUUCGCUUGAGAGCACAACUUAGCCAACAUCAGAGAAUUCAUACUGGUGAGAAACCUUAUGAAUGUAAGGAAUGUGGGAAGGCCUUCAACCACCGACCAGAACUUAAACGGCAUCACAGAAUUCAUACUGGAGAAAAACCUUAUGAGUGUAAUGAAUGUGGAAAUGCCUUUCGCCUUAGCACACACCUUACUCGACAUAAGAGAAUUCAUACUGGUGAGAAACCUUAUGAAUGCAGUGAAUGUCUAUUGUCAUUUCGCCUGAAGACACAGCUUACUCAACAUCAGAGAAUUCAUACUGGAAAGAAACUCUAUAAGUGUCAUGAUUGAGGGAGACUUUCUUCCGAAGCAAACACUUUACUCGAUAUCAGCUGCUGUUGACAACAGGAAUCUUGUGAAAAUAAGGAAUGUGGAAGAGCCUUUAGCUAGAGCACAAACCUAAAAAUCAGGUAAUUUAUAUUGGAAGGUCAUAUGAACAUUAUGAACGAGAAAUUUCACCCAGACAGUCCUUAACUGAAAAUAAGAGAAUUCAAACUAAAGGAUAUUCUAUAGAUUCACCAAGUACUUUUCAGAGCACCUGUUCUAAAACCUUUGUCUCCCUUCUGUGCCUACUUUCCACAAUCCCCAAAUGUGCUGCAGGUGAUUUAGACCUGAUUUAUAACAAAACAGGCACAAUCUGACAGGCUGUCACUUCAGUUUCAUACCCCAGAACUCUUUGGAAUUGUCAAGCAUUCUCUUUUAGUCUCAAAAGAAGACAUACUCUUUCUGUAUGAAUGUGGAAAGGCCUUCAGGCACAGAGUAGAACUCAGAUGUUAGCAUAGCAUUCAUACUGGACAGAAACCUUUUCACAAUGAAAAUAGGAAGGCCUUCCACAUGAGCCACAUACCUUAUAUUGGAGACAAAUCUUAUGAAUGGAAUGAACGUGAAGAUUUCAGUCAGAACUAUCAUUGUUUUUUUAAAAUAAGUUUUUAUUAAAAUCUUUCUUAUAUCAUAGCCCAAGUAUUCUUCUCCCUCCUCCUCCUCAAGAGCCAACCCCUAGAAUAGUAUUUUUAGAGAGGAAAAAAAAAAGCACAACUGUUAAAUAUAUAGAAAAAGCCCCCAAAUCUUCAGUGCUAACACCUGUCCCUGUGGGCCUCCCACCUUCACGAAUGGGCAGGUUGGAAGGGCAUCCUCUCACCUUCAGCCUGGUCUUGUUGGAUCUUUAUCAUUUUGUUACAUUUCCUUUUGACAUUUUGGUUUCUCAUCCUUUCCCAUUUACAUUGUGGUCAUUACUGUGCAUUUUCCUGGUUCAGUCACAUCAUUCUUUACUGAAAAAUUAGAGAAUGGAGACUAAAGUUGCACAAAUGAGGUAUGUAAAUUCCUGUGUAUGUUUUCACAGUAGCUUUUCCUUUUCCCUCAUCCUGAAAUCUCCAGUAACCUCUUUACCACAGUCUCCACACAUACUGUAGAUGGCCUAAGACUCUUGAUUUGCUGAGGAAAUUGUGACAAUCUGGUGUUUGCUCAGGACCCCAUCUUCACUCCUCAGAAACUAUUGUAAUGAUCAACCACUCUUCCUUCUAGUCUAGAGGAAGAGAGGUAUCCUUGCACCUUGUCAAGGCUAAUUCCUUUUCUCGUGCCUUUGAUCCCACCCCCUCUUGCCAACUCUAGGACCUCAUCUAAGUAAUCAUAUACUCUUUUGUUUUCAAGCUGUCCCUCCCAAUCAUCUUUCCUAGCUGCCUAUUAAGUUCUUCCACUCCAGAAAUAUUUAUCAUGUGCACAUUUCCAAUCAAUUGCCAAACCUUACUCUUUCUAACGAUAAUAUUCCACUCACACAGGACCACCGUACUUCAGGCUCUUAUCACCUGGCCAAAUUAUGAUAACCACCUAUCUGGUCUCCCGGCCUGAAGUAAAUAAAUGAGGAAUGUAUUAAGACAUUUACCAUGUGCCAGGUCCUAUGCCAAGAGCUAGAAAUACAAAUACAAGCAAAACAGUACCUGCCUCCAUGAUCUCUUAUGCCAUUAUGGAAAGUUAGCACAUAUUAGGGAAUAUGGGUCAGGGAGGAGUAUUCUGGAUAGGGUAGCCAAAGGGAAUGAUGAUUUGGAGUCAUAGGACCAAUGACAGACACACCUUUUCUAGGGAUGAUAGCUUUGGCUUGAUUACUGUUUGCAACUAGAGCUUGAGAUGGGAGAAGGGUAUGUGCAAUGGCAUGCAGAUGGCCCUAGUAAGAGGCCUAGUGGGCUUGGGUCCCACUGCUGCAAGGUUGAGUACUCACCCAUUAAGAAUCUAGGCCAUUCUCCACAUAGCUAGCAUUCUCUCAGAGCUAAUAGCUAAUUAAUAGCUAAUUUUCUUAGAGCAUGGGUCUAUGCGUGUCUCUUCAAGUGUCCUAUGCUACCCCACCCUCACUGGAAAAAAAUGAAGCCAUUCACCCGAAGUGCUGAGGUCAAACUCAAAUAGCAAUGAAUACCUGUGGCCAUAUGUUGAUUUAGAAAAAACACUAAUAUGUUAUAGUUAUUUUAUUUGUUUUGUUAAACAUUUUCCAGUUAUGUUUUAAUCUGGUUCCAUUGCCCUCUUAGAUCUCCCUUCCUUCUCUAUCAUCUGUCAUCAUUCAUGCAUUUCCUCCUUCACUUCAGGCUCCAAAGAAGAGAUAUUCUUUCUUGCCAAGAUUGGCCCUUCUGUGUGUACCCUCACUCCUUUUGAUUUUACUUUUCACCUUCCCUCUCUCAUGUUCAGUCUCUCCCUAUCUACUUGUUCCUUUCCUGAUGGCUACAAAUAUGCCCCAACCUCAUCUAUGAAAAACUUUCACUAGAUCCUACCAUGGCUGCCAACUAUAACCCCAUGUUUCCCCUUCUCAGGUAAAGUUCUUGAAAAAGCGGCUUAUACUCAGUGUUUCCAUUCCCCCCCCCACCUCCUCACUUUCUUCUAAAUCCUUUGCUAUCUGAGUUGAUACCUCAUCAUUAAACUGAAAUAGUUUUCUAAAGUUACUAAUGAGCUUAAUUACCAAAUCUAAUGGCCUUUUCUCAAUCCUCAACUGUUCUGCAAAGUUUCACAGUGCACUACCUUUUCUUCUGGGAUACUCUGUAGUCCAGGUUUUUGAGGUUCUCUCUCCUGGUUGUCCUCCCUGUUUGACCACUCCUCAGUUUCCUGUACUAGAUCUUCAUCCUGUUAUGCCCACUUAACACUUGGGGUGUCCCCUAAGGAUGUGUUCUCUCUUUUCCUUAUACUCUCUCAUUAAGUGAUCUUGCCAGCUCUCAUGGGUUCAUUUAUCUAUGCAGAUGAUUCUUAGAUCUAUGUAUCCAACCUCACCCUCUGUCCUAAGCUCCACUUCUACACUACCGACUGCCUAUGGGACAGUUUGAAGUGGAUGCCUCGCAGAUAUCUCAAACUUAACAUGUCCGAAACGGAACUCGUUAGAUUUUCCCCAAACACUCCCCUUUUCCAAACUUCACUGUUCCGUAGAGGGCACCACCAUUCUCCCAGUCAUCCACUUUUGUAAUCUGUGUCAACUCUGACUCUUCACAGUCAUUCAACCUACACAUUCAACUAGUUGCAAAUCUUGUAAUGUCCUUCCCCAAGCAUGCAACCCCUUCUCUUGGUUCACACAGCCACCACCAUCCUUCAGAGCCUCAUCACUACUGCCUUGUUACUAGUCUGCCCAUCUCAAGUCUCUCUUUACCCCAAUCCACCCUCUGGACAACUGCCAACAUGAAUUUCUUUUAAAAAAAGUUUAUUGUUCCAAACUUGACAAACAUUUCCACAUACAAGGACAGAAAAAAAUGAUUUUAUAUGAAAACUAUGAAUCUAUUGUGUACAGCUUUUUAAAAGUAUUUAAUAAAUUCAUGUCAAUUCCAAA